GCCCUGCCUGGCCCAGUGCCACCGAGAGGAGGGGCGCCCAAGCCCUGGAGGGAGCCCAUUAAAAAGCCAGCCCUGGAGCCGGAGAAAACACCUCCAUAGAAGGCAGCAGCAGCAGCAGCAAAGGGGGAAAGCGCAGGAGCUGCUGCAGCCCCGUCCUGCCUUGCCUUGCCUCGCCUUGCCGGAGCCCCUGCGGGCCAGGGCCUGGAUGAGGCGGCGGUGAGCCCCUGCGAGCCCUUCCUUCGCCUGCCUCGCCCUCCAUCCCUCCUUCCCCGAAGGCGGCAAGAUGAGCGCUGUGCUCCGGAGCCUGCUGGCCCUAAUGCUGCUGCUGCUGCUGGCCAAGAGGGAGCGCCUGGCCCACGCCUGCAGCUGCUCCCCGGUCCACCCGCAACAGGCGUUUUGCAAUGCAGAUGUAGUGAUUAGAGCAAAGGCUGUCUCUGCAAAAGAGGUGGACUCCGGUAAUGACAUCUAUGGGAACCCCAUCAAACGCAUCCAGUACGAGAUUAAGCAGAUAAAGAUGUUCAAAGGUCCUGACCAAGACAUUGUCAUCUACACGGCUCCAUCCUCAGCAGUGUGUGGAGUGACGCUGGAUGUCGGUGGCAAGAAGAACUUUGCUUUGUCAGGGAAAUCUGAAGGCAAUGGCAGGAUGCACAUUACUCUGUGUGACUUCAUCGUUUCUUGGGAUUCCCUCAGUCCUACCCAGAAGAAGAGUCUCAACCAGCGAUAUCAGAUGGGCUGUGAGUGCAAGAUCUCCCGCUGCCCCUCCAUCCCCUGCUAUGUCUCUGCUCAGGAUGAAUGUCUGUGGACUGAUUGGGUGACAGAGAAGAACAUCAAUGGUCGGCAGGCAAAACACUAUGCCUGCAUCAAACGGAGUGACGGUUCAUGUGCGUGGUAUCGUGGGGUGGCUCCACCUAAGCAAGAGUUCCUUGACAUUGAGGACCCUUGAGUCCCCAGGGUCACGGCAGUCCAGUAGCCAAUAGCAACAAAGCCUAUAAGAAAUUAGAUUGGUCCACCUUUGACAUCACUUCCUGGAAACAGCAUGAAAAUAAGGUCUCCCAGGCAGGUACAAUAAUAGAGAGGGUGGAGGGGGGCUAGGGAAUAGGAUGUCUAUACCACUUGUAUAUUGCUUAGUCUGUUUCCUCUUCUGUAUUGCGCCAAGGCAUAUUUUCUUUCUGGGUCACCAUUGCCAAUGUGCCAGAGCACAGUGGGGAGAACAAGAGUGAACAUAGGAUUGGCUGAAAGGUAUUGCCUCUGAUUCUGUGUAGCAGGCCUACCAGGUUCUUAUUGCCUUGAGAGAGGGCAUCCCUUGUUGUGAAGGCAGCUUACUUCCCCUCUGUUUCCCACACUCCUGCCUUCUCCCUAGGCUGAAACCCAUGUAUAGCAAUCAAACCCAUGUUAACUGCCUCCCUAUGUUCAAUCCUUCAGAGUCAUUCUCUUCUGUCUGCCACAUUUCACACACAUACGGUGGAACAAGUGCUAAUCUGUCUCUUAGCCUCUGUCAAAGAUGGUGGUGGCUCUGCCAUGAAUCAUGACUUCCCCUUGCAUUGGUGAGAAGAGUUGCAUUUUAAUAAUAUAACAGCCUAUUGAGAAUUAGCCAUCAGAGGGUGGGAUGGAUGUCUGUCUUUCCAAGGGCAGUAUUUUAAAGACAUUAAUCUAGUUAAUGGAUAUUAAGCCCCUGUUCCUGUGAGAUGUGCACAUUCUGACUAUGGGUUCUUAGCUGUGAAGUUUCUGUGAAAGUACAUUUGCUUGGGACUUGGGGUUUGUGCAUCAAGACUCCUAGUUAAAUCAUGUGCUUUUACUCACAACCUAAUGCAGGCUUGUGCCACUCAUAUAAAUCUGGUACCAAAGCCCCUCCUGGCCAGUGGAAAGACUUGCUAUUCUUAUUAAGGGUUCAGCAUUUUGUCACUCAAAGGAGGUUGAACUUGCUGGUUGAAAAUUCUUGCUGUGUAGUGUAUUGAUGUUUAAGAUGGCCAGCAGAGCUACAAGCCCUGUCAUCUACCCUAUAUAAAAAUGGAUUAUUAUGCCAAGAGCUCCUCAGAAGACAGGAGCAUGUGUGUUUUCUUCCCAAAUAUGUGAUGACAAGAGCUGGCAGGUCAAGGUUUAUCCUUCUAAACUGUGAGUAUAAAAUGCUCUUUUGGAGUAAUGAAUCAGAUCUUGGCUGCCUGCACAAAAUAAAAUAAAAUGAAAGAUCACUUCACGUCUCUGCCUCCAACCCUUUACCCCCCUUUUCUGAGCCACUUAUUUUCCUUUGCUGUGCUUCUGCUCCCCCUACAUGCUCUGCACAGCCACCCUCUUCUUUGCCAUACUCAAAAUCAAUCUGGAGGGUGUCCAAAAGAGUUCCAUGCCAGACCUGCCUCUAGUGGCUUUUCAUGCUGUUCAUCAAGGUAGAGUUUAAAGAUGUCAUAUUGGACCAGUCUGUUUAAUUUCAAUAUAUUUUGGAAUAAAAGAAAAAAAACCUGUUCAGUCCAAUAUAAAACUCAUGUUUUGCUUCCUGUAUGGUUAUAGUCUAUGUGACAUUUACCCCUCUCUCUUUUUCCCUCCUUCCUCUCCCUCUCUCUCUGCUGAUAUUCUUUGAUUUUAAUGUUUUCCAUUUGUUUUGGCAAUCAGUUGUAUCAUUCCUCUUUCCAUUAUUUUUUCUUUAAAUUCCAUGUUUAGCUAUUAGAUUUGCACUUAUUCUUGUUUUUUAAAGGGGUUCUGCAUUGGAAACUUCUAAGAUAUAGUGGGAAGAAGGUUGAAAUAUGUGGAGGGUGGAGUCCCUCCCGUUACUCCUCAGAGCAAGCGGGAGUAAUGUUUCUCCUUCUGUCUUUCUAUUCAUGGCUCCGCAACACGCACAGACCUUUUCUUCCCUAGAGGUUGGAGGCUAGUUGUGACAUGUGACUGCUUCUUGCUAGCCAGUUUGCAGUUUGUGUGCUGCCAGUGAGCAAGAUCUAUUUGCCAUUCCAGUGGCAACCAUUAUGAAAGAUCUAUUUAUGGAAGAGCAGUUAUCAAAGACUCCUCGAUUGGCUUAAUUUAUAGUUGUGGGUUUUAGUGGCUCACUGAACCUUCCAUGAUAUAUUAUAUAUGCACACACACACUUAACAGUAUCCCCUUCUUCAUGCCAGCCAUUCAAAAUAUUUAAAAAACGUUUACAUUAUUUUCAAAUCUUUGCUUAGUAAGUAUGAAAAAUAAGUAUCUUAACGCUGCCAUAAUUUAAAGCUUUUUGGGGAGCUGGGGCUGGGAUGUUGUUUGGUGGGUGGAGUAAUAUGGGGGGGCAGGGAUGGGGGGGACCUCUUUUGUUGUUGUUGGAUUCUGAAAGCUGAGAUUUUCUUGUGCUGGGAACACAUGAAAGUUGUUGAAUAGACAAGCAGACUGUGCAUGUCUCUGAUGCUUUGUAUAAUUCAUACGUGGACACUUGAGUCUUCGGACAAUAAACAGUAUUAUCAAAUAAAAUGGGAAUAGUC